AUGGACAUGGACAUUGAAGUAGAAAGUGAUCCUGUCAAAAUCUCACAGAAUGAUCAAGAACAGAGUGUCGACGACGAAAACAGGGAUCCAACGGUACAAGACGACAGCGAUACAGCUGGAAGAAACGACGCAGACAACGGAGAUGAUGAGUCUGCUCAGGCCAAUCGAAGACAACGAAGAAGGAAACGAGGCUGGGAUAUUGCAUCGUCUACUGAUAAAGAUCAGUCUACCAGUGCAGAAGUCAUUCAAACCGGGGAAUUGCUAGCUGGUCCUGGUGCCUCAGUUCAUGAUGCUUCAACCGUAGCAAAGCAUAUACUGGCUGCGUCAAAGUUACCGACACUAAAUGAUGUCCAAGAAGAAGCCUUACGCAAAGCCAAACGCUAUGCUGUUGAACAAUCUGUUCAGUCGCUCCUAACAAAGCAAGCUACUGUUCAACAACAACAAGUUUCUGCUUUGCAAGUUGCCGCACAACAACAAAGAGCGUUAGCAUUAAUGUGCAGAAUAUAUGUAGGAAGCAUCAGCUUUGAUUUACGUGAAGAUCAUAUCAAGCAAACCUUUAGUCCUUUCGGUCCAAUUAAAAACAUUAAUCUUUCGUGGGAUACAGUUACGAUGAAACAUAAGGGUUUUGCUUUCAUUGAAUUUGAAACUCCAGAAGCUGCACAGUUAGCUCUAGAACAAAUGAAUGGCCAACUUAUGGGAGGCAGAAAUAUAAAAGUUGGAAGGCCGACCCAAAUGCCUCAAGCUGGCCCCCUUAUCCAACAGAUUGAAGAAGAAGCUAAAAACUAUGCGCGCAUUUAUGUUGCAUCUGUGCAUCCAGAUCUUUCGGAAUCAGAUAUCAAAAGCGUUUUCGAAGCAUUUGGAAAAAUUAAAUCUUGCACGAUGCCUUUAGACAAUAUUACCGGUAAACACAGAGGUUAUUGUUAUAUUGAGUUAGACGGUCUACAAUCAGCAAUGGAUGCUAUUGCUUCUAUGAACAUGUUUGAUCUUGGAGGACAAUAUUUAAGAGUUGGACGGGCAGUGACACCUCCUACGGCUACUGCACAACCGAACACUUUACCUCCAGCUGCAGCACUCGCUGCUGCGGCCGUUUCCGCUAAGAUACAAUCACAGGACACCGGAAUUUCGAUUCCUACUGCGACUUUGGCAGCAAAUCCUUUAAUAGCAACGAAUUUAGUGGGUGUCACCAGUAUAAACAGUGUUACAACUGUCUUGCCAACGGUUCCAACUGGCGUAGUAGCUGUAACACCAACAACCACUGUUCUUACAUCAGUCGCUACUGUGCCCACUACAUCUAUCGUUACGGUAACAGAAACUCUUGCUGCUGCUGCUGCUCCUCCUCCUCCUCCUCCUCCUCCAACUACUACUGUAGUUGCAGAAGCAGAACCACAAAGUACACCAGCAGAGAAAGUAGCAGCUGUUUUGGCAAAUGCGAAGAAAUUAUCGGAAGAGAAUGCGAUAAACCAGCCAGAAAUGCAAAGUCUAAGCCACGAAGAAAGUAUGUCUAUUUCGGGUAGUACUGCACGAUAUAUGGUGAUGCAAAAAUUGUCUAGAAAGGAGGAACAAUCUCAGGUUAUUAUCCUUAAAAAUAUGGUCUCCGUUGAGGACAUCGAUGAAGAUCUAGAAACUGAGGUUACUGAAGAAUGUAGCAAAUACGGGACGGUGAAACGUGUCAUAAUAUAUCAAGAACGUCAAGGGGAAGAAGACAAUGCGGAUGUUCUUGUUAAAAUUUUUGUUGAAUUUGAUUCACCAUCGCAAGCUGGAAAUGCUAUUGAUGCUCUGAAUGGAAGAUGGUUUGGUGGUCGAACAAUAAAGGCAGAAACAUAUGACGUUACAAAAUACUCAACUGGAGAUCUAUCUGCGUGAGAAGACGAUCAUUUAUAAUAGUUUACAUGAUAUUUGUUACGUACUGUAUUUUAAUAUAUAUAUAGGAGAUGUAAACUGUACAAUUGUACUGGUGUCAUAUAUUUUAGUACUAUUCCCUUAUCAUGAAAUAAAAGUUUUGUGAAAU